AUGGACCAGUACCAACUCAGCGAGUGCAUCAAAUCGCCCCGAAACCCUACAAGUCCUGCUCCAAUGGCUGCUCAAGGAGCCAAGAUCUGUUGCAUAGGAGAGCAGCAGUUAUGCAAGUCGCCAGCGUUUGUUUCCGUGCACACUGACAGUGUUCCUUGGAUCAAAAAUGCCCAUAGUUCCCUGUCAUCAAUCUCUACCAAGCUUGGAAUACCCCUUCGGUUGUGGAAGUACCCCAAUCAAGAGGGGAAAACUGUUAGCCGAGGAGGCAUCUGCGGCAGCAGUAAUCAAAACGCAGCAUACUUGAUGAUGGAAGUCGACAUCUCAAAGCCGGGCUGGGGAUGGGCGCCACCGUACUGGAACACCGAAAUCGGCAGUGUUUUUGUGGCCCGUGAGGACGGCAAAGACCUCGCGGUUCAUGACUUGCAAAUGAUUUGCCAGUUUGUCGUCGACCAAGUUCAACCUAAGCUUGAAACCACCCUCGAAAAGAUAGAAUUUGGCCGGGAUAGCAGCGCGCGCGCCAGAGCCCUCAAGCAGCAAGCUGUGGAUAUCAUCACUUGGGAAAACGUGCUGAAGAACGACGAGAGAAACACUCAUGUCGCCGCCGAGUACCAGAAGAGAUUGGCGGAGAUGAAGGAGUUGCAGAGGAAGGGCGGUCUCGUGUCUCUGUCCUCGAUGAUGGAAAAUUGA